AUGGCUUUCAUGGCUACUUUGGUGUUUUCAGCCCUCGACACCGGCCGAGCCGCUCGUCGUCUCCUUCAAACCGCUCAGCCGAGCGUGCCAGGGUUGCCCUCGUUGCCGCCUCUACCGCCCUUCCCGACGGUACCGGGAAUGCCCUCUAUUCCUAAUCUCCCACAGCCUACGUUGCCAACUACUCAACCUUCUCUCCCUAAGAUGCCUCCUCUUCCUAGCUUCCCCGGUACCAUCCCGACCGGAGUGACAUUGCCUCCGCUCCCGACUCUACCGUCCUUCCCAACGACUUUCCCGUCGAUCCCUUUCCUCACACCGCCCCCGGCCGCUACCUCUUCACCUUGA